AUGUGUGGUUACAUGGAUGGAGAACUUGCAAAAAUAUCAGGUCCCAGAGCCCCGAUUCUAAAACGUGGAGGCACUUCAAAGCCUAAGGGUAGCCAAGAAGAAAACAAGGAAGCACUAAAGAAGGAAAUCUUAUUCACAGAUUCUGAUAAGUCAUUGAUGCAUGCAGCAAAAGGCAUUGAGUUGGAGAAAGACAAGAUGGGAAUGAAGGCCAAGGUAAAGGAGAGUGACAUGGAAAUGCCAAAAAGACAGGAAGCUCAAGUAGAAGAGAGUGAGUCCAAAAUACCACAAGGACAAGAACCUCAAGUAAAGGACAGUGAGGCUGGAAAACCACAAGGACAAGAAUCUCAAGUAAAAGAGAGUGAGUCCAAAAUACCACAAGGACAAGAACCUCAAGUAAAGGACAGUGAGGCUGGAAAACCACAAGGACAAGAAUCUCAAGUAAAAGAGAGUGAGCCCAAAAUACCACAAGGACAAGAACCUCAAGUAAAGGACAGUGAGGCUGGAAAACCACAAGGACAAGAAUCUCAAGUAAAAGAGGGUGAAUCCAAAAUACCACAAGGACAGGAACCUCAAGUAAAGGACAGUGAGGCUGGAAAACCACAAGGACAAGAAUCUCAAGUAGAAAACAAGAAUUCUGAAGAUAAAGGAAACCAGGACAAAGAAAAGGGAGAUGCAGGAAAGAAUGAAGAUGCAAAAGAAAAUGAAGCCAAAAAGAAGACAAGUGGUGGAAAAAAAGUCAAAGCUAAAGGAAAGAAAGAACCACAAGCCAAGGGGGACAAGGGCAAGAAGGGAGAUGACAAUGCAGGGGACAAGGGCAAGAAAGGAGAUGACAAUGCAGGGGACAAGGACAAAAAGGGAGAUGAGGACAGGACAGGAGACAAGGACAAGAAGGGAGAUGACAAUGUAAGGGACAAGGCCUUGAAGGGAGAUGACAAUGCAGGGGACAAGGACAAAAAGGGAGAUGAGGACAGGGCAGGGGACAAGGACAAGAAGGGAGAUGACAAUGUAAGGGACAAGGCCUUGAAGGGAGAUGAGGACAGGACAGGGGACAAGGACAAGAAGGAAGAUGACAAUGCAGGGGACAAGGCCUUGAAGGGAGAUGACAAUGCAGGGGACAAGGACAAAAAGGGAGAUGAGGACAGGGCAGGGGACAAGGACAAGAAGGAAGAUGACAAUGCAGGGGACAAGGCCUUGAAGGGAAGAUGA